AACCAUUCGAGUAGUGCUUAUAAGAAAUUAAAACCAUAACCUUCAUUGAAAGGAGAACUGUAUAUCUGGAAAACUGCAAUUAUGUUGAAGACAAAGAAUAUAUUGUUAGUUGUGAUGGUGAUGUUUGCAUUGAUGCCUGUCUCCGAUGGUAAUUGGGUCACAAGAACACUACUGAAAACAUGGGAUCAACAGAAAACGGCCCCAACAGAAAACGGACCCAAAAGAAAACGGCCACAAAUGAACAGAAAACGGCCCCAAUCAGAACAGAAAACGGCCACAAAAUUUCGAAAUAUACAAUACUCAUAAAUUGAAUAGAAUAAGUUAAUUUAAAAUUUUUUUCUAUUAGUUAGUAAAUAUUGGAUGAAAAAAUAUUAAAUUGUCCACCAGUUUUUCCUAAGAGGUUGAAUAUUUUGCACUAUUUUUAAAUUCCUGCCAAUAGGUUAAAGCAGCUCAAAGGAGAUUUUUGCCACAAUGCUACCAUAUUGUUUUGGAUGUAAGAAAAAGAUUAAUAAGCUGAAGCAAGGUGUUUGUUCACUUUGUCAUCAUAAAGUCCAUUGGGCUUGUUUAUCAGAUGGAUUAUGUUCUAUAUGUUCAAGUGUUGAUAAAAAAAGAAUCAGAAUUAUUCUGAGCAAAUGUGAUGAAAUUUUACAAGAUAAAUCUACCAAUAAAGUCUCAAAUGCUGAAAAUAUAGAUCUAAAUCAUUCAAGAGAAGAGAUAGAUGUGCAAAAUAUAAUAAUGGAUGUUGAUCAUGAAGAAGUGGUUACCCUUAUUGAAACACUGAAUUGUGAUGCAGAGUACAGGCUUGUUGAUAAUCUUAGUGAAAGCAGCCCUCUGCAUGGAAAUACAUUACAUUUGAAUGAGAAUGAUGUCAAUAUGGAGGAGUCCUUUGAAAGUAUACCAGAGGUGAACUAUGACAGCAAUGGUAAAUUCAGAAUAUUCCCUACAGGAAGUCAAAAAGGCAAAGAAUUACUUGUAUCUAAUGGUCACUCAUUUGUUGUCAAAAGAAAAGACAAGACUUCCAUAAUUUGGAGAUGUGGAGUUAGAAGCAAGAAAAUGAAAUGUCCUGCCAGUGUCGUUCAAAGAAAUAAUAACUUCUCUUUGGGGUCUAAAUGUCAUAUUCACCCCCCCAAAAAAAAUUUAGAACAAAUUAUUGAAAUGAAAGUGACAGCAAAACAAAAAGGAAAGACUGACACCAAUGGCAUUAAUCAACUGCUACAAUAUAAGGAACCAAAAAAGAUAGUUAUGGAUUUUGAAAAAGCUGUUUGGAAAGCUGUAUUAAAUAAUUGGGAAAAUGAGCUUGGUUAUUCAUCAGACUUCAACAAAAAAAAUGGACAAUGGUUUGAAAUGAGACAGCUAAUGGCUUUGCCAUUCCUUCCAUCUCACAUUAUUCCAAUAGAGUUUAUUAAAAUUAAGGAUUACCUUAAAUCAAUUGAUAAACUUGCUGAUUUUAUUGAUUAUUUUGAAAGAACUUGGAUUUUGAAUGAUGUUUGGUCACCAAAAUGUUGGUCUAUCUAUCAAUGUGCAAUCAGAACAAAUAAUGAUGUUGAGGGAUUUCACAAUAGGUUGAAUGGAAAUGUUGGAGUGAAUGUUUCAUUUUAUUCUGUGAUAGAUGAAUUGAAAAGGGAAGCAGACCUUAUAGCAGCAUAUCAAAGAAUGUUAUCAGAAAAGAAGAUAUUAAGAUACCAAAGAAAGCUUUAUAAGAACCUGCAAAAUAAAAUAUUUUCAAUUUGGGAAAGAUUUGAAAAGCAUGAGAUUACUUCAUCAGAAGUUCUAGUAAAGUGUUCUGAACUUUAUUUAGUAGCUCAAUAA